AUGAUGCUUCAUGAUGGUUAUAUCUAUACUGUAGAACGUACAACAACGACGAAAUUAAUUCUUCGAUGCCAGAAUCGAGAUUCUCGUUGUCAUACUAAUUUAUCAAUGGAUGCAAUUCUCUCCCAACCAACAACCCAUUCCCAUGCUCCACAAUCUGAUCGUGUUCCAGCUAUUCAAUUAAAAAAUGAUAUUAAAGCUCGUGCUGUGAUAACAGAUGAACCAACCAGUUCAAUUAUUCAUUCCGCCUUACGUACAUAUCCAUUAAGUGCCGCUGGUGAACUUCCAAGAAAUAAAGCACUUAUGCUAAUGAUUAGACGACAACGUACUGUUGAAACAGUCGAUGUCAAUGGUCGUUUACCAGAAAGAUUAAGAAAGACAUAUCGUGAUGAAGAUUUCAUCUUGCACGAAGACAAAAAUUUAAUUAUAUUCACAACAAAAACUAAUUUAUCCAUUCUUAAGCAAAACAAACAUUGA